UAUAAAUUAAUUGAACAACUACAUUUAUAAUAAAUGUAGAUAUUUGACCAAUGUGAUUCUGAUUUCUAGAUAAAUGUUUAUACCAAAAGCUAGGCUUUUAGUAUACAUCCUAACAAAUGACAGGUCGGACUGCCCAUCUCCCCCGAGCUGAAGAAAUAUAAGACCCGACCGGACUACCUUCAAGCAGCGAAUCUGCUAGCCGGUUUGAAGAUCGACAUCAACAAGCUUCUACCUGAAGGAGUAAUGUAUAUAUUCGGUUUGAGUCCGAACCAGACCCCGCUCCCGAGCAGCUUUGCGAACAUCGUAAUGGAGUCCGUGCUAUUCGGAAUCUUGAAGAAGAAAGCAGCCGCGCUCGAAGCGGCAGCGACCAAGGAAAUGGAGCAGUUGGGCAUCGCUCCGGUCGGCUCCCACGAGGAUGAGAGUGAAACGCAAGCAGGGGAGUUGGCCGCUCAGGCUUCACCUGUGGAUGCGGCUGGCGGUGCAACUCCUAGCAAGGAACCGACUAUUCGGGAGGAAGACUCCGAACCGGAGGAUGAGCUCCCGCUCGACAGGAAAAGACGGCGAGUUGAGAAGCCUCUCCGUUCGGCAACCUCCGCAGUGCAAGCGUCUGAGCGGAUGGACACCGCCUCUCAACGCGGCAAGGCACCAUCGGUCGAGGCACUCUCCUCCGAUCGGACUCCCUCUCAGUUGGAUACACCUGCGGGCCCCAUCGAAAUGGUGUCGGUUAGCUCCCUUCCUCCUGCACCACGCUGAGUCCUCCGCUCGGGCAUUUUGUCCACAAUGUCCAGCCCGACAUCUGAUCCUUUGGCGUCCGCUCAGACGACUCUGUGCCGGCGCCACACUAUUAGGGCCACCCUACAUCUCCCUACUGAGGCGUUCAUGGCCGAGUCCGAUUGGCCGACAACUCCUGAACAUAUGAUCACUAUGAAGGGGCCCCUCGCUGAGAUGUGGGCGGACGCUCGGGCCCGUGUGGCCAUGAUACCGCUCGACAAGCUGGCUGACAGUCACAUGCAGCAGUCCACAGGGGUAAGCUUUAUUUCCUCUUCUUUAUGUAGCCUUCCCGGUCGGCCUCUUAACACUUCUGUGUACAUCAGCGAUGGGUGGAAAACAUUGUUAUCGCCAACCACUUGGCAAUGGUGGAUGAAGAAUUGAAAAGACUGAAGAGUCCGGGCGGCCUGUCUUCCUCUCGAGGUCCCUCUUAUGCCGAGCUGCAGAAGGAGCUCGCAAAAACCAAGGACUUGUUAGAGGCCGAGCGGAAGAAGACGGUCGAUCAGGAAUACAUGCUGGACUAGCUUAACAAGCAGGUCAAGAGUUAUGACCACAAAAUUGAGCUCGCCACCACUCAGAAGAACACCGCCAUCGCUGAUUUGGAAAAAAAGAAUGCGGAAGCCCGAGCUGUGGAGCAGCGUGUGAAAGAGCUGGCCGAGCUGCUAGAAGGAGAGCAGAAAGGUCGUUCGGAGGAGGUGACCAAACUCAAGGACGAUGUGAAGGCCCUACAGGAGGCUCUAGAUCCUUCCCGUGCCACCUUCAAGGAGUACCAAGAAGCAGAGUCAGGCUGCGUCGCAACUCUGAGGCAAAAAUACAUCCGCUCGGCGGAGUUUGUGGAGAAGGUUUGCGACUGGUUGGUUAUCGCCUUCGAGUUGGCUAUCACUGCCACUGCGGACUAUCUGAAGUCCAAGGGUCAGCUCUUCGACUCCGUGGUCAUCGCUGCUACAGAGCAUGCGGCUCUUCUCACUACCAUCCCGAAACAUAUUUUCGACUACCUUGAAUGAAGUAUUUUCUGUAAUUCUACCGAUCGACUAGACUUUAAUUUUAAUAUGACAUCUGUAACUUUAUCCCUGGUCGGCGGAUUUUUAAAAGUAAUUUUUAAAUGAAUGCCCACUUUUGCUACGUUAGCCUUUCAUUUUGAGUGUUCCUUGUAACUGUGCCGACCGGUCUCUCGACCUUUUUCCCGCAGGGAAUUUCUUAACUUCGUCGAUCGGUUAAACGACCUCCCACUCUGCCUGGGACUUCUAUGAGUUUGUCGCUUGGGUGUUUUUCUUUACUGCGUCCAUCGGUCAAACGACUUCCCACUCUUCUAUGAUCUUUUCGCUGUGUUUUUCUUUACUACGCCGAUCGGUCAAACGACUUUCCAUUUUACAUGGACUUUCUGCUAGUGUCUCGCUAAAGUGCUUCAAUGCGACGCUGCCUCAUUGAUAAGCGAAUCUGUCACAUCCGCUAAUCAAAUUGUACAAAUAUAUUUUCACUGAACCCCUUAAUUACACAAUAAUGUUGUAGUAACGAGCCCAGGAUCGAUCUCUCGAGGAACAAACGGUAGGAUGUAAUCUUAGGAUCGUAUUUUAUUUCUAUUUUUGGGGUUUUCGAUAUAAAAAUGGGGAUUAAGCUUUGAAUCUAAUUCUAACAAAGGACAAGCACAGCAAAUAAGAAACUACACUACUGCUAAAAUUAAAGCUAAUUAAACUACAGAAAACUAAAUUACUCACUAAUACUUAACCCUAAGCUAAAGCAAGAUUAAUAACAACUUUAAAAUCAAUUGAAACUAAAUUACUCCAAACAUUUGAAUUAAAACAAUUAAGCUAAAAGAAAACUAUGAUUAUUGAAUCCAAAUAAAUCUACCAACAAUAAAAAGCAUGCAUAAAAGAAACCCUAAACCAUCUCAACACUAAACCAAUCUUCUUGGCAACUUCUCCUUGUCGUCACAUAAGGAAACAGCAGAGAACACUCCAACUGUAAUCGGGGAAGACAACCUCAGCAACUAAACUCAGCUCAGCCUUCACCAGCACCAUCGGAGACCACUCCAAACGAAUCUGAUGAAGAUCGAUGCUGCCAACCUCAGGAAAUCUGCAAAUCUGCGACUGCAACCUUAGAUCUGAUGUGGAGAAGAUGAUGAAUGAAAUGUCGUCGGAAAUGGUCCAGAAGUAGUGGAGGAACACCGCCAAAGCUCACGGAUGGAAGCAGAACCACCUUGGAGGAACACCUCGGAAUCGGCGGCGCGGUAGAACAGAGGUUUGCAGACACAAUUCUCACUGUAGGACCACCUUGGAGCGAGGUCAAAUCGCCGGAAGCUGAACGCUAGUAGUUGGGAGCAUCGUCACCGAUGAAUUCGCCGGAAAAUGGAUGUGGAAAUGGAGAUGGUGGUCGGAAUCUCGCUGGAGACACGCGACGCGAAGCACAGGAGAAUCGACGAAGACACUGUAGCACUGUAGCUUCUCUUUUGAAUCAGAUCUGGAUAUGAUCGGACGGCUGGGAUUGAUUUGUCUCUUGAUCAACGGUGAAAAGUCAUCCAAAAUCUGAUCCGAAGGUACUGAUCUUGAUCUA